CACCAGCUCCAGGGAUGCCACCAGCUCCCCUGAUGCCACCUGUCCCAGGGAUGCCACCAGCAGUCGGGAUGCCACCAGUGCAGGGGAUGCCACCAGCUCCUGAGAUGCCACCUCCAGCCGUGAUGCCACCAGCCCCAGGGAUGCCACCAGUGCAGGGGGUGCCACCAGCUCCAGAGGUGCCACCUCUCUCUGUGAUGCCACCGACCCCACAGAUGCCACCACCAGCCACGGGGGUGUCACCGGCCCCAGAGAUGCCACCACCAUCUGUGGUGCCACCGGCCCCAGGGGUGCCACCAACUGCGGGGACAUCACCAGCCCUGGGGGUGCCCCCCAUGCCAGCAGGUGCCCCCCCCGAGGCUGCCACGCUGCUCUGUGUCCCCGAUGUCCCUGACGUCCCCAACGUCCUGGAUGUCCCCGAUGUCCCCAGAGCGGAGCGGCCCCGGCAGCGCCGCCCGUCCUGCGCCCGCAGCCCCCGGUUCCAGCUCACGGUGCUGCAGGUGUCCUCGCGCGGUGACAACACGGUGGAGUGUCAGCUGGAGACCCACGACAGCAAGAUGGUGACGUUCCGCUUCGACGCCGACGGGGACGCGCCCGAGGACAUCGCCUGCUACAUGGUCGAGGACAAUUUCCUGCUGGAGGGGGAGCGGGACAAGUUCGUGCAGGAGCUCAAGGCCAUCGUGGCCCAGGCCCGGGAGCUCCUCGGGACCCCCCCACAGGACCCCCAGGUGGGACCCCCAGAGCCGGCAGGGGUGGGGGAAGGACCCCCCCAAUCAUCCCCCGUGGGGCGCUGGAGGUUCUGCAUCAACCAAACCAUCCGGAACCGAGAGCCCACCGGCCCCGGGGGACCCCCCCCCGCCCGCAGAGACCUGGGGAUGGCCCGGGGGGGCCCCACGGACACGGCCCCGGAUCCUGAGAGUCCCCAGAGACAGGGGGCAACUGUCCCCAAACCUGGUGACCCGGGGGGGCCCCAGGGACAGGGAACAAGUGUCCCUGACCCAGGUGGCCCCCAGGGACAGGGGGCAGUUGUCACUGUCCCCCAGGAGGUGGCUGAGCCCACGGUGAUGGUCCCCAAGCCCCAAGUGCUGGGGGUCCCCAGCCCCUCAGAGCAGGAGGGUCCUGGACCCCCCGAUGGGACUGUCCCCAAAGCAGAGACCCCCAGCCCUGGGGACCCGGCCCUGGGCGACCCCCAGGGACAGGGAUCAGGUGUCACCAGCCCUGGGGGACAGGAGGGACCCCCGGAGCUGGAGCUGCCCCCAGGACCCCCAGGGGACCCCCCAGGACAGGGGACAGUCGUCACGGGACCCCCAGGCCCAGGGGACUCCCAAGGACGGGGGACAAUUGUCACCAGCGUUUGGGGUCAGGAGGGACCCCCGGAAUUGGAG